AUGCAACAACUCAAAGAUCUCCUUCAGGGUGAUGCUUCUUCAUCAACAAUAUCGGAACAACAAUCUUGUUCGAACAAUAAUCAAAUCGGAGGGACAAUGACUUCAAUUCCUCUCUCCGUUCAAGAUUAUUUGAAUCAAACAGCUCCCAGGAAAGAGAUUGGGUUUAUGGAUUUAUGUUUUUCCGAUAAACAAAAGCUGGCCCAAAUACUGAGAGCCUUGGACGAAAGUAAUCAAGAAGCAUCUAAAUACAAACAAUUAUAUCAAGAAGAGGUGAAAAAGAAUGAAGACCUUGUGCUGAAAAAUCAGCAACAACAAGAACUGUUCGAGAAGGAAUCGAAUGAACUAAAAACAAAAUACAACACCAGUGCAGCUAAACUCAAAAGGCUGAAAGAAAAAAGCGAUGAAAUUAUUGAAAAACUAGCAACAGAGAGAGAGCGAGAACAACAAGAACGUGCAUCCGAAACUAAUUAUCUAAGAGAGGAAAACAAGAGAAUGCUCGAGAGAAUAGGGAAUUUACAAAAAGAUAAAUUGAGGCUUGAGAGACUUGUGGAAGAAUUGGAGAUUAAUAGAAUGUCUUUAAUUCUUCAAAAGAAGGAAAAGAAGGAUUCCUCAGUUCAAACAGAGGAGCCUCCUAAACCAGAACCUAUUCAAACAUUAACUGUAGCCACAAACACUUCUAACUUGAUGUUAAACAAUGAACCUCCUCAGAUAUCACCUGUGCUUAGUAAUUCGAGUGGGCCAACCAACACUCAAGAAACGGAUCAGCGUUCAUUUUCAUCCACUUCAAAGAAAGACCAACCAUAUUUACCGAAUAUGGAUGUAAAAAGGAAACGGUCGAAAAAGUCAUCAUCAUCGAAUUAUCCUGUGCCAAAAGAAAUUGAGGAUUAUCAUGACGUGAUGAACCGAGUGAGAGAAAUGAGGAUCGGCUCGCAAAAUUAUGUUGACAGUUCUUCUUCAGAGGACAAGAGGCGUUCUCCACUCUUGGACUACUUGGCAACUCCAAAGAAAACCAUCAAAAAAACAGAAGAAGCUUCUCCAAGCUCAAUAAGCUCACGGCGAAUUGAUAGAACGAUUGACGACUCGGAUUUGUUAAACAUCGUUCAAAAAUCAGAAAAAGCAAAGAAAGACGAGAGUCCUCAUAAAUCUACAGCCAAUAACCUGCGCCAUUUACUGGUUUUUGCUGACACCACUUCGUCGAGCACGGAUCGGCUUCCAGAGCCAUCUCAUCCACCCCCUCAACCUGAGAAACUUCCAGAACGAGAAGACAAGCCACACUCUUUCACUGAUUCCUUUAUUUCUGACACCUCUUUCACCUCAGACUCUGAAGGGGAAGUUUAUGAUGAGGACUCAUUGAUGAAUGUUGUUAAAAUUCUGGAGGAACAGCAAAAUAUGGUGAAUCGCUCGUUAUCUUCAUCUACCUUGUCAUCGUCAUAUCAAUUCACAGACACAUCUAUGGAAGGCAAAUCAUGGUUUGAAAAAUAA